GGUAUUUUAGAUACUUGACGGAGCACACACAUCUUCAGUAAAUUAAAAGGAGUGUCAAGAGCGUAAGACCGCUGGUACUGCCCAUUCGCUUGCGUCAGUAUGAGAUGAGAGAGAAAACUGAAAGGAAAACACCUCCUAUCUUUGGCAUCGGGGGGUUUAAAUAAGAAAAACAGAAAGAUAUAUAGACAGAGUGUGUGUGAGGGAGAGAGAGAGAGAGAGAGAGAGAGAGUGAGUGAGUGAAUGGAGAGAGGGGGUGCAGUCAAUAGAGAAGGACUUGGAUUCAACAGCGCAUCACGCAUACUGUUAAAUGCUAUUACUAUAACGGAAUAUUGCAUCAAUGUAUUUACUUAUAUGUGUUACAUGCCGGCAUUAGUAAAUCCGAAUUAUCACAAAGGAUCUGGGAAAGUAAGCCUGAGGAAACAGAAGGACCGAUUGACACGGUUGGCUCCCCGACAUGCCUGAGCAGAGCAACGACUACCGCGUGGUGGUGUUCGGAGCCGGCGGCGUGGGCAAGAGCUCCCUCGUCCUCCGCUUCGUCAAGGGCACCUUCCGGGACACCUACAUCCCCACCGUGGAGGACACCUACCGCCAGGUGAUCAGCUGCGACAAGAGCGUGUGCACCCUGCAGAUCACCGACACCACGGGCAGCCACCAGUUCCCCGCCAUGCAGCGCCUGUCCAUCUCCAAGGGCCACGCCUUCGUCCUGGUCUACUCCAUCACCAGCCGCCAGUCCCUGGAGGAGCUCAAGCCCAUCUAUCAACAGGUGCUGGCCAUCAAGGGCAGCGUGGACAGCAUCCCCGUCAUGCUGGUGGGCAACAAGAGUGACGAGACCCAGCGCGAGGUGGAGACCAGGGAGGGCGAGGCUCAGGCCACCGUGUGGAAGUGUGCCUUCAUGGAAACCUCGGCAAAGAUGAACUACAACGUCAAGGAGCUCUUCCAGGAGCUGCUCACCCUGGAGAAGAAGAGGAACAUGAGCCUGAGCAUCGACGGCAAGCGCUCUGGGAAGCAGAAGCGCGCCGACAAGCUGAAAGUGUAUACAGUGGCUGCCUCCCUUCCGCUGACAGGAGGAGUGAGUCCUCCUGCCCAUUACAACUAGAAGAGCAGCACGGCGGGUUUGAGAGGCGAGAGGGCAUCACGUUUGAGGUGAAAGUAAUGGAAACGGCUUCAUCGGUGAAGGUAGAUUUUCUAUAAGCACAAGUUGGGACGUUUGCCUUCAGUCACACUGCGUCCAGCUGGUGAGUGGAUGGGAGUUGAGGGGUACAUAUUGUUAGCAAAAAAGUUGCUGAUUGAAAGCGGUGCAUUAUGUUUUACAGUACAGUUUAGGCCUGUCAAAGGCCAGCAAUUAACAGUAGCAUGUUACUGGGUAGCAAAAAUAUGGGAAAGAUGGCUGCAAAUGGACUCUGCAUUUUGCUGUAUAUUUCAAAGGUCUUUCCUAUUGGUUGACUUGUCACUGGUAUAAUUUCAACAUCUAAGCGAGCAUUUGCUGAACAAAGAGCAAAAGUAACAUAAAGCAAAAGUAACAAGCACACAAAGCACGUUUAAAAUGUUAAUGUUUUUAAUAAAUUUAUUUAACCUCUAUAGCACAAAUGUUUCAACUCUCAUAUCAUUCUUUUAGGUGUCUAUAUCAAAGUUUAUGACAUUUUGUGCAUACCUUUAUUUUUUAACCGUCCACUGUCCAUCCACUGUAUAGUACAUUUAAGAUCUGUAAAUGAUAUAAUUUAUGCUCCGAAUACUUACUUAAUGUCAAAUAAAUACUUACUGUCUUGCUGUGCCCCCGCUCAUCAAAACAGUUCCAACCCCCAAAUCACAUGGUCUAGCUUUAGCAAUAUGACAUUACAGCACUUUGAGGAUUUGGGAGCAUCGUGACAUUUAAUCUUUUGGUAAAACUCUACGAUGUGCUCUGGUUGCAUAGUCCCUAUGAACAAAUUCACUUGAGAGUAUUUUGCAAUUUUAAUCUUGUGAAGGAACUGCAAAAUAAAGAAUACAUAACAUA